AUGCUGCCCCUCCCCGGUUCCUCUCGGCCUUCCGGCGGGAAGCCUCGAAUCUUCUUCCCUCCUCCCCAGACGCCCACCUCAGCCAGCUUCUCCUCCACCUCCUUCCCAACGAUCCUGAGCACGCUCCGGACCCGCACCCGUCUCACCAACCUCACCGUCUCCCUCCUCGUCUCUGCCCUGAUCGGCUCAUUACUCCUCAACAUAUUAUCUGUCCAACCACACCGGUCAUACGCGACCAUCUGGAAAGCGCGCGAAGGGGCACAAGGGGGAUGGGACGAUGCGGCGACGCCAGAGCAGCAUGCGGCGGGGAUACCGCUGAGUAUGGAGACGACGAUCAGUAGGGAUAGGCGGUAUGGGGAGCUGGAGCAUCUGGUUAUGGUGCCCGGGCAUGCGAUCUGGAUUGGGAGGGAGAAGCAACGGAUAGAGGAUGAUGAUGAGUGGGUGUUGCAGCCUGCACAGAAGGGUGGGAGUGUGCGGACGUUCAUCAAGCAUAUUCAGGAGGGUGUGAGGGUGAUGAAGGAGGAUCCAGUGGCGCUUUUGGUAUUCUCUGGAGGAGCUACACGAGCACCGCCAUCACCCCCCAUGUCCGAAGCCUACUCUUAUCGCUCACUCGCUACGACCCUCGGCCUCCUACCACCAGACACCCUCCCUGCCAACUCGUCCGGUAUCUCCCCUCUCCCCCUCAAUCUCCGAGCGGUCGCAGAAGACUUUGCUCUAGACAGCUACGAGAACCUCCUCUUCGCCCUCGCACGCUUCAAGGAAGUCACAGGCCGGUACCCCCUCCGCGUCACUGUCGUCGGAUACGGCAUGAAGCAGCGGCGCUUCACCGACCUUCACCGCGCGGCCAUGGGUCUCCCGCUCGGCGGGUGGAAGUACAUCGGGAUAGACGAUGAUGGGGAUACGGCAUACCAGUACGCCGGGGAGCUCAAGUAUGGGUAUACGCCAUUCUUGUCCAGUCCGUCUGGGUGCCAUCCGCCAUUAUCCAUCAAAAGGGUGAAUCGGAAUCCGUUCUUCCGGUAUCAUCCGUACCAUACCAGUUGUCCGGAGAUGGCGGAGCUGCUGGAAUGGUGUCCGCCCAAAAGGGGGGAGGUGGAUGAUCCGAGUCAGAUGCAGGUGUUUGAGGGUCAUGUACCGUGGAGAGAUAGAAAGGAGGCGGCGGGGACAGGAUGGACGAGGGAGAAGUGGUAG